UUAAAAGUGUAUUUUAAUUAGAUUUUUUUCUAAUAUAAUUUUGAAAAAUAAGAGUUAUUUCAUCAUCUUCUUACUUAACUGCAAGUAAAGUAGUUGUUCAUAUUAAUUUCUAUAUACGACCAUAUAAAUUUCUUUUAUGAAUGGCCUUUUUAAGAAUAGGAACAGUUAUUGGAAUUGUGACAGGCUUUCAUAUGAUUUAUCUCAUCUUGGUAAAUAUCCUUAUACCAUCUUUAAGUUAUUAUGCUAAUGUGAAAUAUUGCAGUUUUGAAAUUCAUUAUAACACAAAAAUAGUGAUGAUAUAUUAUUUCCUUUGAGAUAGAUUUAAGACAAGAAUACAGGUAGG